AUGUUUCCAAUACGUUCUAGUUUGCUGAGGAACCCAAAGUGGUUUGUAGCUCAGAGAUAUUUAGCAGAUGGCUCGAACUCAAAGCCAAAUGCGAAGAAAUUCGCCAAAUUGUUAUUAUUUUCCACUGUGAUUGAAGGAUACAAGUUUCGGGAUAACAAUAUUUUGCCGGAUGAUCAGCUUUCUUUUGCAAUCUCGCGUGGCGAUACUCCUCCCGAACAUUACAGAAAGUGCGCAAUUGUUCCUGGUUAUAGCAGGCUGGUAAUCAACUCAAAGACAAUUCCUGAGAGCAGCAUAUUCGGUGAUGUUAAACAAUCGCUGAAAUCAUUCUUUACGAUGGGAAUGAUUCGCGGAAUCGGAAUGCACGAACACCAGCAAGAGUUUCUUGAAUCUGGCAAAUCUGUAUUUUUCGAAGUUUUACGGGCAUUGCGAGAGAACGAUUUUUCACAACUUACCGAUUUCACACUUGGCGGAUCGCGAGCUCUCGAAUUCCAUAAAAAAGCAGCAUGGAAUCUAACAGAAUUGCAAAAGGAAGCUUUGAAGGUUACAGAAGAAGAUAUGAUUGGUGAGGACGGAUACAUCAUGGUCAGGAAUCCAUUAGGGAUUGACAAGUACGGGCUCGGCUCAUUCAUUCACAAUAUCAACUUUGUUCAUUUGGAUGCUGCCGAUCAAUCACACAAUACCAAAGACAAUAAGCCGAGGAUAUUUUUACGGUACACCAUUGCACUUGGAGCACUUCGACGGCAAAUCGAACUUGCUCGCAAUUUCACGAGAUACGAUAUGACGUUUCGAAUGCCGCUGAAAAUGCCCAAAGACUAUCAAUUUGCCAGUCCGCGAUUUGUGUUCGUUGAACUGGACAUUUGCCAAGAAGUGUACACCGAACAACGGUUUCCACUCAAACUCUACGACGACAGAAUGUUGUAUGAUUUCCACGUGUACUCAUUUUAG